CGUUUUCAAUUUGACGAGCCAUCGGCAUUUGCAUCGGCAGAAUGCGCUUUCUAAGAUGGGAUCGUGCUUUGAAGAUUUGCAUGGACAAGUCCGACAGCAAAAACCGAUGGGACAGUGAUCCCAUGAUUCUGAAUCAAGAAGCGCACGAGUUGCCACCGCCAAAACAGCGCCUUGCGCUGGACUUCGUUGAAGAAGCUCCAUUUGAGAUUCGAAUGAAACUAUCGCCCAUGUGGAAGUAUUGCUUUGUGCAGUGGCACAUCUAUGAUGCUGGGCUGGAAGCAGAAGAGAGAGGAGUACCACUGGCGGUGCAGCUAAAGGAUGCAGAUUUGCAAGCCGACAUUGAAUCACUCAGGCUGUUGAGUGACAGUGGAGAUCUUGACCAGGCAGCAACAGCUGAAGAAUGGACAUGGAAGAUGCUUCACCCACUGCCAGAGGCAGGUUCGAUGCAGCCUUGGACUGAUGAAAUUGCUUCUGAUCUCAUUCGCCAAGGAAAAGAAGAGCGACAUGAAGGCGUGAUCGCUUUCCAUGAAGAUUCCUUUGACAAGGCUUUUUGGCACUCCUGUCAGGGAUUAAAACUUUUAGCUUCUGCACCUGGAGGUGGUCCCAUUUCCAAACUGCGCUCCGAAUUGCUGAAGAACAAGUCUGCCGCUGCCUUGAAAUUGGGUCUAGCUCGCAUUGCCUUGAGUGCUUCAAAUUCAGCUUUGGGCAUCAAUCAGAGUGAUGAAAAGGCUUGGUAUAGAAAAUCCUGUGCCUUGGAAGCAUUGAAGCGCUUUGGUGAAGCGAGACAGGCACUUGGAAAAGCAGGCCUGACACCCCCGCCGACCACGAAGACGCGAAAAGCAAAGGAACUCCAAAAAGACACGAAGUCUUCGAAGCUUGGAGCUCCUGGAGUUGGAGUUCCUGAGUUCCGCGAGUUGGAUCCACUCCUUUUGUCUGCUUUCGAAGAGUUGGUCUUUGUGGAAGUCGGAGUUGAUUCCAUCACUGCAGUGGACCUGGUGAGGCAUUUGCAGGGCGACCUUCCAAAUACCCCCGUGUCUUUGUCUUUGGUGUAUGAGUAUCCAACGGUGGGGGAGGCAAUCUCAGAGCUUCUUGACAGAAUCAGUGCUAAAAAAGGAGACUAUUUACGAGGCAAAAUGGCUGGGACGAUGUGGAGAGCCAUGUGCAACGUGUUGGGCCAUGAUCCUUUGAAGAAUAGGAGCAGAACAGGUCGGAAACAAGUGUACACGGAGACUCAGGCCCUUGAUAUCUUGUCAGACUUGCAAGAGGCUUACGAAGAAGAAUCUUUCCUGAAAACCUCCGGAGAAGUGGCUAGGAGAGCAGCUUUUGAUCAGCGCUCAUUCUUGGUGAGCUUGAAACCAAAAGCCCUGGAAGUGCAAAAGCCGAUACUCAGAAGGCUUGGAUACCCUGGAGACUCCACAGGCAUGCGGGAUUUGGAGACCGCAAUUAUUCAAGUUGCCAAAAAAUCAGAAAAGGUCAAAGAUAAGCUGAAAGCUACACGCAUGGCUUUGCAGGGAGGAGAGAAUGGCAUGUGGACCAUCAAUGUUGAGCAGCAUCCCCCGUGGUCAGACAGCAAUUCUAUGCAAUUGCGGGCUGUGUUGACCAAAUCAGAUCCAUUUGGACCAGCGCAUGUCAACACCAAUGCAGUUGUUGCGCAUUGAGAAAUCUGCAAUCUUUAAGUGCUUCCGGAAAA